CUCCUCCCUCCCCUCUUCGGCCGCUGCUGCUGUGAUCCCGUUCUCUCCUCCACCAUGACCAAGUUCCGCAAGCUGGGCCGGCCCGCGGCCCACCGAGUCUCCAUGCUCAAGACGAUGGUGUCUCAACUCGUGAAGCACGAGCGGAUCGAGACCACCGUUGCAAAGGCGAAGGAAGUGCGUCGAGUUGCUGAUAACAUGGUGCAGCUUGGAAAAGAGGGUACUCUAGCUGCUGCGAGGCGUGCUGCUGCUUUUGUUCGUGGGGAUGAUGUUCUUCACAAGUUGUUCACAGAGUUAGCUUAUCGCUAUAAGGAUAGAGCAGGUGGGUAUACAAGAUUAUUACGAACUCGCAUACGAAUGGGAGAUGCUGCUCCUAUGGCGUACAUCGAGUUUGUUGACAGAGAGAAUGAACUCAGAGAAGCCAAACCCGCAACCCCACCACCUCCUCAACGAACCCCUCUUGAUCCAUGGACUAAAUCUCGUGCUAGCCGACAGUGGGCUUCACCAAAAGAGAACCACACCUCUGGAUCAGAUAGUUAAAAUUUUCAAAUACGUUUGUGCUUCUGGGGUUUUGUGAUUUUUUUAUGAAGAAUAAUUUGCUGUUAGUAGUCAAUUUUGUAACUUAAAUCAGCAAAUUCAGGAUCUAUUUUUUAAUGGUUUCCUGAGAGGAAUGCCCUUUUCUGUAGAAGAUGAACUUUUUUCUAGCUCUUGAUGCUGGUAAAAGAAUGGAUGCCAAAUGUCGUUAUACAA